AUGGCGGCUUCAUAUACGUCCUAUGACGCCUGGACUGCUCUUGCUCAUGCCUUCUCAAACCGAUCGCAGUCUAGAAUUAUGUCACUCCGAGAACGUCUUGGUUCAAUCCGCAAUAUGAAUGAUGAAUUGGCCCUCAAUGGUCAUCCUAUCGACAAUCUUGAAAUGGUUAUACAUGCCUUGAAUGGUCUCAGACCGACCUUCAGGGACUUUACUACUGUUAUUCGUAUUCGCACUCGUGACUCAUCAAUCGCCUUCAAUGAAAUCUAUGACAAAUUGGUGGAUUUUGAGAUGUUUUUGCAGCGAGAAGAACAAAUCUCGACACCAGCUCCCAUCACUGCCAACCUUACACAAUGUCAUUACAACGACUACAAUCGAGGAUGCCACCACACCGGUCGCAACAAUCAUCACCAUAACCAUGAUUCACAAAGUCGUAAUAACUAUAAUGAUCAUGAUCAAACUUUUCCCAACACUAGGAAUCCAACAUCCAACAAUAUUGUCAUAUGUCAAUAUUGUGAAAAAAUUUGCCACACAGCAAAAUAG